AUGCAACAAGAGAAGAUGGAGCUUGAUCUGGAAAUCCCAUCCGCGCUGGUUCAGACGGACGGACACCUGAGGAGGUCCAAUAGCGCGCCCAUGAUUAAUGGACUAAGUGAUACCUGCCCGGUUUUCCAGCGCGAGGUUCUACGGAGCAGAAGAAACAGCACCACCGUCGUCAACAGGCCCAACAUGGUGCCGUCGUCUCCCAUCCGAGUGCCUAGUACCAGGCUUCACCAAAUCAAGCAGGAGGAAGGUGUGGAUGUGAUGAACCGAGAAACUGCUCAUGAACGGGAAAUCCAGACUGCAAUGCAAAUGAGCCAGUCGUGGGAAGAAAGCCUGAGUUUGAGCGACAACGAUUUGGAGAAGUCGGCCUCGUCCUCCCCCAAAAGGAUCGACUUUGUUCCCGUCUCUCCGGCCCCUUCCCCCACGCGAGGCAUCGGGAAGAAGCAGUGUUUUUCUCCGUCACUACAAAUCCUCGUGAGCAGCAACGGUCUGACGCCGAGCCCCGUCCCCAGCCCCACCAGACGAUUCAGUCGAAGAAGCCAAAGUCCAAUAAACUGCAUCAGACAGAGCAUUCUGGGGCCCUUAAAACGCAAAGGGGAAAUGGAGACCGAGAGCCAACCCAAGAGACUGUUCCAGGGCACGACCACAAUGCUCUCUUCAGACAUGUCCGACCUCAGCUCCUGCCACUCCCUGGACCUUCUGGACGGCAGCCUGAGCAGCAUGAGCUCGUCCACCGACUCACCGGGAAAAAUGGAAGGCGUCUCCCCCUCCUCCUCCAGCAACUCCCCCUUCGCCUCGCACCAGGACCUGUCCCCCAAAUGA